CGCGCGGCGAGGGUCAUUCCCAGGCAACGACCUCGGAUUGGUGACGCGGGAGGUGUUCUGGAGAGGUGCUGCGUUGUCAUAGGGCCGCCGGGGCUGUGGUGGACUUGGUCAUGGACUACUCCAGGUUCCUGGCCGAGGACUUCGACGUGAAGGAGUGGAUCAACGCGGCCUUCAGGGCCGGCCCCAAGGAGGCGGCGGCGGGGAAGGUGGACGGGCAUGCGGCCACCUUGGUUAUGAAGCUGCAGCUGUUUAUCCAGGAGGUGAACCAUGCCGUGGAGGAAACAAGUCUCCAGGCCCUUCAGAACAUGCCCAAAGUGCUCCGUGAUGUGGAAGCCCUUAAACAGGAGGCAUCUUUUCUGAAAGAGCAAAUGAUUCUUGUCAAAGAGGACAUUAAAAAAUUUGAACAGGACACAUCCCAGUCAAUGCAGGUGUUGGUAGAAAUCGACCAGGUGAAGUCCAGGAUGCAGCUUGCAGCUGAGUCCCUUCAAGAAGCAGAUAAGUGGAGCACGUUGAGUGCUGAUAUCGAGGAGACGUUCAAGACUCAAGAUAUAGCUGUGAUUUCUGCCAAGCUAACAGGCAUGCAAAACAGCUUAAUGAUGCUCAUUGACACACCAGACUACUCAGAAAAAUGUGUGCACCUGGAGGCCUUGAAAAACAGGUUGGAGGCCUUGGCUAGCCCCCAGAUCGUGGCGGCGUUCACCUCGCAGUCUGUAGAGCAAUCCAAAAUGUUUGUGAAGGUGUUUACUGAAAUUGACCGGAUGCCCCAACUUCUUGCAUACUACUACAAGUGUCACAAGGCGCAGCUUGUAGCAGCCUGGCAAGAGUUGUGCCAGAGUGACCUACCCCUGGACCGGCAGCUCACUGGACUCUACGAUGCCUUACUUGGAGCUUGGCACACACAAAUCCAAUGGGCUACUCAGGUUUUCAAGAACCCCUGCGAGGUGGUGACUGUGCUGCUGAUUCAGACCCUGGGGGAUUUGACACCCUCUCUGCCCAUGUGCCUUGCCUCCAGUGUCGAGCGGGCGGGGCCUGAGCUGGAGCUCCCCAAGCUGCUGGAGUUGUACGCCACCACCGCCCACUUUGCCAAGGGGCUGGAGAUGGCACUGCUUCCCCACUCACAUGAGCACAACCUGGCGAAAGUUGUGGAGCUGGUGAGCACCGUGUACAGUCCAUACAAACCCUACCAGCUCAAGUACGGUGACAUGGAAACCAGAAACCUCCUCAUCCAGAUCAGCAUGGUGCCUCUGGAGCACGGGGAAGUCAUUGACUGCGUGCAGGAGCUGAGCCACUCUGUGAGCAAGCUCUUCGGCCUGGCAUCUGCAGCGGUUGACAGAUGUGUCAGAUUCACUAACGGCCUGGGGACAUGCGGCCUGCUGACAGCCCUGAAGUCUCUCUUUGCCAAGUAUGUGUCUGAUUUCACCAGCACUCUCCACUCCAUACGGAAGAAGUGCAAGCUGGAUGACAUUCCUCCCAACUCCCUUUUUCAAGAAGAUUGGACAGCCUUUCAGAACUCCAUUAGGAUAAUAGCUACCUGCGGAGAGCUCUUGAGACAAUGUGGGGACUUCGAGCAGCAGCUGGCAAACAGGAUUUUGUCCACAGCUGGGAAGUAUCUGUCUGACUCCUAUAGCCCUCGGAGCCUGACAGGGUUUCAGGACAGCAUCUUGACAGACAAGAAGAGCUCUACCAAGAACCCAUGGCAAGAAUAUAAUUACCUCCAGAAAGAUAACCCUGCUGAAUACACCAGCUUAAUGGAAGUACUUUAUACCCUCAAGGAAAAAGGGUCAAGCAACCACAACCUGCUCUCUGGGUCCCAAGCAGCCCUGACUCGGCUUAACCAGCAGGCUCACCAGCUGGCCUUUGACUCUGUCUUCCUGCGUAUCAAACAGCAGCUGCUGCUCCUUCCCAAGAUGGAAAGCUGGAGCACAGCAGGCAUUGGAGAAACCCUGACAGACGCCCUGCCCACCUUCAGCCUCACUCCUCUUGAGUACAUCAGCAAUAUUGGGCAGUAUAUCAUGUCCCUUCCCCUGAACCUGGAGCCAUUUGUGACUCAGGAGGACUCUGCCUUAGAGCUGGCAUUGCAUGCAGGAAAGCUGCCGUUUCCUCCCGAGCAAGGGGAUGAAUUAUCUGAGCUGGACAACAUGGCUGACAACUGGCUGGGCUCGAUCGCCAGAGCCACGAUGCAGACCUACUGUGACGUGAUCCUGCAGAUCCCUGAGCUUACCCCGCACUCCACCAAGCAGCUGGCCACAGACAUCGACUACCUGAUAAAUGUGAUGGAUGCCCUGGGCCUGCAGCCCUCCCGGGCCCUCCAGAACGUUGGGACGCUCCUGAAGACCAAGCCUGAGGACUACAGACAGGUCAGCAAAGGCCUGCCCCGGCGCCUCGCCACCACAGUGGCCGCCAUGCGGAGUGUGGACUGCUGACUCCACACCUGGCCAAGAGGCGGGCCAGGCUGGGCUUCUGGGGUCACGGAGGCUCUCUAGAAUGGCUUCGCUCUAAAACUGCCCAGGAUUGGGCAGAAUCGGCUUUAAAGACUUUCAUUUGUAAUUUCAAAAAAAAAAUAGUUGUAAAUUAGAGGUAUAUUAUUUAUCAGGGAGGAAUUUUCAGAUGAUUUUUUAAAAUGAUGCAGUCUUGAAAAUGGAAUUAUUAAAU